AUGCGCAGCAGCAAGGAGGAGAACCCAGCUGCAGCAGCAGCAGCAGCAGCAGCAGCAGCAGGCAGCUUUCCCCCAGCCCCAGCUGGGUGUCGCUGGAUGACGGAGGGGCCCAAUGGGGAACUUAUAGAUCUGCAGCAGCAGCAGCAGCAGCAGCAGCAGCAAAUGCAGGAGCUGCCGGACGAUGUCUCGUCUGAGGAUGAUGCAGAAGCAGCAGCAGCAGCAACAGCAGCAGCAGACAGUGAAAGUCCCCACAAGGAGCUGCUGCUGCACCCGCAGCUGCUGGAGAGCCGCAAGCGGUGGCUGCUGGCUUCUUGCGAAGCAGCAGGAGACACCGUCUGCGCCAUUGCUGCUAACACGCAGCAGCAGCAGCAGCAGCAGCAGCAGCAGGAGCAGCAGCAGCAGCAGCAGCAAAAGCUGCAGGCGCCGCCCUUUCUGGCAGUGGGGGCGUCGGACGAUAUGUGUCGGCUGUACGACUUGUCUGCUCUCGCCCCGCCGCCCCCUGCAGCAGCAGCAGCAGCAGCAGCAGCAGCAGGAGCAGCAGCAGCAGCAGAGCCGGAGGAGCAGCACCUUGCUGCUGCAGUGACGCUGCGGGAAGCAGGAGACUCUGUGUCUUGUGUCUCCUUUUCUGCGGACGGUUUGCUGCUGGCCUGCGGCUCCUUCGACGGCAGCGUGCGCGUCUACAGCACCCCCGCAGCAGCAGCAGCAGCAGCAGCAGCAGCAGCAGCAGCAGCAGCGGGGAAGGGGGCCCUGCUGCAGGAGCUGAGGGGCCCCUGCGAAGGAAUUGCUGCUGUUGCUUUUCACCCCAAAGGCUACGCGCUGCUGGCAGCUUCUGAAGACAGAACAGCUUGGGUGUGGCUGCUGCCUCCUUCCUGGGGCACAGCAGCAGCAGCAGCAGCAGCAGCAGCAGCAGCAGCAGCAGCAGCGGGGGGGGGCACGCCGGCGGGGGUGAAGCCGGCAGUGACGCUGGCGGUGUUUGCUGCUCCUGCGCCUUUGACUUGCUGCUGCUUCAGCAGCAGCAGCAGCAACUGCAUAGUGGCUGGGGUUUCGGGGACUGUCUCCGUUUUUGCUGCUAAGGACGGCGCUGCUGCUGCUGCUUUCCAGCACCCAGCAGCAGCAGCAGCAGCAGCAGCACAGGCGCCCGCCCCCCGCAGCAGCAGCAGCAGCAGCAGCAUGGAGCUCGACGCGGGGCCUGCUGCAGCAAGCUGCUUAGCUGUAGAUACACCCCACGGCUGCUGCUUUGUGGGGUUUGAAGAUGGCCAUCUUUUGGCUUUCCACGAGGAGACAGCAAAGUUGCUGCUGCUGCUGCAGGGCCACGCAGCAGCAGUGGAGGUCUUGCUGCCGGUGCCGCCUUCCCACGGCCUCGCUGCUGCUGCUGCUGCUGCUGCUGCGGGGCCCCACAGGGGGGCCCCCCGGGGGGCCCCCGGGGCCCCCGCGGGGCCCCAGGGGCCCCUGGGGGCCCUCUUCUUCUCCGCGGGUUUGGAUGGAAAAGUUAAGCUCUGGAGUCUCAGCAAAAAGGCCCCGAGGCUGGUCAUUGACUGUACGUACACCCCAGUGCCUGCAGCAGUUCCCUGCAGCAGCAGCAGCAGCAGCAGCAGCAGCAGCAGCAGCAGCAGCGGCGGCGGCGGGGAGGGGGGGGAUACGGAGGGCGUUGUGCGGCUGCUGCUGCACCCGCAGCAGCAGCUGCUGCUCGUGGGCACUUCUUAUGGGCUCAUGAAGGCGUACGACUGCAGCAGCAGCAGCAGAUUCAGCAGCAGCAGCAGCAGCAGCAGCAGCAGCGGCUGCCUGGACGUCUGGACUGCCCACCCAACGGCUGUCAUGGACCUGCAGCAAAUCUGCUGCGGCAGCAGCAGCAGCAGCAGCAGCAGCAGCAGCAGCAGCAGCAGCAGCAGGGACUGGAUAGUGGCUUCGGGCGACUCCGACGGGGGGGUUUACAUUUGGGCCAUAGACCCUAAAGCUCUCCUCAGGGGGCCCCAGGGGCCCCUCCUAAACCCUCAGGGGCCCCCACUAAACCCUCAGGGGCCCCCACUAAACCCUCAGGGGCCCCCACUAAACCCUCAGGGGCCCCUUCUAAACCCUUAG